AUCGCUUUCUGCCCCAGCACCCCUCACGAGGGGACAUUGACUCUACCGAGAUUCCUCAAUCCGGAGCCUCGCCUGGCCAUGAGCGUCGCCCGUCCGGCGCGCAGCCUCCUGCGCAAGUGCGUCGCCUCUGCCCGCACAGCGCAGACCCAGCAGCAGUUCCAAUCGCAGUCGCAGUCGCACUUCCACACCUCGGCACCCCGCCCGACGAAGCGGCGAUCGCGCUUCCGCAAUGUCAAGGCCGAGGACAUGGGCUUGCUGAGCAAGGACGGGCUCGACAAGUACCGCCAGGAAAAAUUCCCCGACUACACCCCGGAGGAGCUCGACGCCCUCAGCAAGAAGUACACGCCCGAGCAGCUCGAGGCCCUCAAGGCGGGCGAGGCGGCCAUCGACCCCGAGGACCUCAUCUUCCAGGGACGGCUGCGAGACGACCCCUACAGGCCGCAGUACAUGGAGGACUACACCGUGCUGGACCCGCGGUACGACGUGAAGCCGGAGAUUGAGGGCACGCCCUGGGAGCCGCAGUGGUUGAACCCUAGCGACUGGGCGGAUAAGUACGGAUCGAAGCUGGCGGACCUGACGGACAAGAAGACGAGCGACCAGCUGACGAGAGCCAUGGUGCGCGCUCUGCGGCGGGUCAAGGAGAGCAACGGCGAGGAGCUGAUUGAUCUCACGGAGGAGGAACUGGUGGACCUGGAGAAGGACCCGGAGCUGCUGAAGAAGUAUCUGGUUGAGGAGGACGGCGAUGACAAGUCGAACGGUGAGGCUGUGACCAUUACCCAGGAGCAGGCCAUGAAGCUGGACCGCGCCAUCGACGAGGAGUGGAGGAAGGAGCUCAGCAAGAUUGGCGAGGGCCCCGACUCGGGCGAGCUCGAGCCGACCAACCUGGAGCUGAUCGAGGACGGCCCCGCGGGCACCAGCCGGCUGCAUUCGGCCGAGGCGCCCGAGCUGGGCAAGGUCCCCGGCGUCGAGGGCCUGUACAAGUCGGCCGCCGACCCGGAGGACGAGGGCCAGGACGACGACGGCCGCUACCAGGAGAUCAAGCGGCUGACGGGCAUGUCGCUGCGGGACAUCCAGUCCAUCUACCGCAAGGUGCUCGUCACGCGCUGGGUCACCAACCAGACCCGUCUGGGCAAGGUGCGCAGCACGUCCAUUGUCGCCAUCGCGGGCAACGGCAACGGCCGGCUGGGCCUGGGCAUCGCAAAGUCGACCGAGGCCGGUCUCGCGGCCGAGACGGCGCAGCUGCUGGCCAUUCGCAACAUGAAGCCCAUCCGGCGGUACGAGAACAGGACGAUUUACGGGAAUGCAAAGGCCAAGGUUUCGGGCACCGUCGUUGAGCUGUUUGCCCGUCCUCCAGGCUUCGGUCUCCGCUGCCCGCACCGCAUCUUUGAAAUGUGCCGCGCCUCGGGCAUCCACGACAUCGCGGCGCGCAUGCCGCGGUCCAAGAACCCGAUGAACUCUGUCAAGGCGGCGUACGAGGCGCUGAUGAACCAGGUCGAUCCCGAGGAGAUUGCCAUUGGACGGGGGAAGAAGAUGGUGGAUGUGCGAAAGGUGUACUAUGGAGGCAAUGUAUAUUAA